AUGACCCCUUCCCUGCUUCCCCAUGUCCCUUUCCCUACUUCCCCAUGUCCCCUUCCCUGCUUCCCCGUGUCCCCUUCCCUACUUCCCCAUGUCCCCUUCCCUACUUCCCCAUGUCCCCUUCCCUUUCCACGAGACGAAGGGAGGGUGACGGGCGGAAGGGAUGGCGACGGCGGAAGGGAGGGCGACGGGCGGAAGGCAUGGCGACGAGCGACGGGCGGAAUCUAUGGCGACGGCGGAAGGGAGGGCGACGGGCGGAAGGGAGGGCGACGGGCGGAAGGGAAGGGGGCGCAGGAGGGGAUGUGGCGCCAGGAGGAGGAGGGGGAGAAGGGGGAGGAGAGGGAGGAGGGGGAGGAGAGGGAGGAGGGGGAGAAGGGGGAGGAGGGGAAGGAGGGGGAGAAGGAGGAGGAGGGGAAGGAGGGGGAGGAGAGGGAGGAGGGGGUGGUGAGGGAGGAGGGGGGGGAGAGGGAGGGGGGGAAGAAGGGGGAGGAGGGGAAGGAGGGGGAGGAGGGGAAGGAGGGGGAGGAGAGGGAGGAGGGGGAGGAGAGGGAGGAGGGGGUGGUGAGGGAGGAGGGGGAGGAGAGGGAGGGGGGGAAGAAGGGGGAGGAGGGGAAGGAGGGGGAGGAGGGGAAGGAGGGGGAGGAGAAGGAGGAGGGGGAGAAGGGGGAGGAGGGGAAGGAGGGGGAGGGGACGGAGGAGGGGGAGAAGGGGGAGGAGGGGAAGGAGGGGGAGGGGAGGGAGGAGGAGAAGAGGCGAUAA